AUGACCAAGCAAUCCCGCUGCGCGGUAGGAUGGUUCAUGUGGCUGGCCGGGAGCACGCGUGUGCCAUCGCUAUUCCCCAUUCUCUCUGUACACCUCGCCUCUAUCACUGUGUACGACGCUGACACGGCGAUGACACUGUGGCAUAAAGUGAUACGAGCCGGACAACUGCUGCGAGGUAUUCACGCAAGUGUCGUCUGUAGCCGACAACGCCAGCCACGUACUUCAAAAAGAAAACAGCAACAAUCUCACACGGCUACUACUGCCGGGCGCCCACACAGCCAGAUAUCUGCUCCAAGAGCUAGCGACGCAAAGAGCACGCCGAGCGGUCACGUGACCCGUCUUUCUUUUUUAGCCCAUUUUACUGGCUUCCCGAGGCGCACAAGUUCAGACACUGGCCGCCUGCCACUGCCGUCGAGGAGCGCCAUACACGCUGCCACAUCGCCGCCGCUCGCCUGCCCUCUCUGCCAGAGCCACGGCGACUGCCCACCGGCCAAAACAGAAAAAAACCACGUGACAAUGGCGUGA